CUCCGACAAACACUACAGACAGAUCAUAUCUGCGUAAACAUUCCUGUCGGACGUAUCCUUUCAUUCUCUUUUGCGCUAUUUGGGCGUCCUUUUUUCUUUUCCACAAACCAGGAAACUCGUUUUUGUCGUUCCCUACGUCGGCACCUCGUAACGCGUCUUCGAACUUGAACGUGAUUCCAUUGAUGCCUCUACCUACAACCACCUGGUGAAUCGACAAAGGCACACCCUCGAGUCUCCUCUCUACAUCCUCACAAAUACAAAGACAGCACAAAAUCUCCCAAACAUUCAGAAUGUCCCGCGACUCCUCCCACACCUACAUGCACACUCGAUCCUCACGUUUCGCCGACCUCUUUGAGGAAUUCUGUCGACCACCGUCGGCCAUCUUCCCGACACCCUCCGCCGCCACUCCUGGUGCGGGACCGUCGAACCAGGCGCCACACAGCGGCACCGCCAACCACCUCGCGGCGGGCCCCAACGGGGUCAUCGGGGUCAACGACAAUUCCAACAUGGCCCAGCUCCCCGGCUCCUUUUUGCCCUUCGAGGAGAUCUCGCUCCCGGCCCACCUGCAACCCCUGAACCCCGAGGACGAAGACGACGUCGUGCCCGACAUGCACGCCGCGUUUGGGAUCAACAGGGCCCUGGGCCAGAACCAGGGCGCAGCGACCACCGCCGCCGUGACCAUGUCCGGCGGCGCCGGUAACGGAGGAGGGGCAGGAGGGGGAGAAGGGGCCGGCGGCGGCGGCGGCGGCGGCGGCGCAGGAGAGACGAGCAACGCAGGGGCGCAGAGGGAACCCGUCUGGCGCGACUUCGGCCUCGAGGCUCUCGUGGCGGGCGUGAAGAUCGGUGGCGGGGGCGGCGGCGGCGGCGACGACGAACAACACGGCACUGCUGCGAGAAGGGAAGGACGACGGACGAACCUGUUGCUUUUGCGGUGAAUCAAGAAGUCCAGACCACACGGUAUCGACCGAGGUAAUACGGCUGGAAUCACGCAACUCCUACAUCUAAAACUAUCCUUGUAUCAUCAAUCUUUGUAUCAAUACGAGGCAACCGCCGACGCAUGAGAGAAAGCGGAAGCGCGAAAUACAAAUUACUGAACGAGUUCAAAUGAGACACGACCUCUCAACGUCGACACCAUUCCGGAAGACCUGCCUAAGCCCAUGCUACGACAGGUUCGAACUUGGUCAUCCCGGCCACGGCCGUCAGACGAUUCCUACGCGAGGAUUGAAUCACACGGAGAGAUCUACGGCCGAUGGAAAUAGAUGGGACAUUACGAUCUCAUUAUCCUGCUUCUCAGUCUUUACAUCACAGGCUAUACAUGACACUGUACGUGACGGGACUCAACGUGGAAGGCUUUCAGUAUACGUGCUGGAGUACUCCGUGGCGACAAGUCAAGAGCCCUCCCAAGUUUUAUAUCCUAACGAUAUCCACCCUCGCGCGUUUAAAAACAUCAUGUGGAACCGUCUUCUCCUCCUUUUCUUCGUCACCCAGUAUUCUCGGCUGCAAUGAAAUCUGCGCAAAUGUCCCGGCAGCUUUUCGCUUGGAUAGUUGGCCUGGGUUGAUGACCAUGACACUGUCCACGACCUAUACACGGAAACUGUGAGCCUAGAACAAUCAAAACGAAUGGUCGUAUCAAAAUCCAUCGUGGAGGUUGGGGUAUCCCCAUAACCAAAUCCAUAUCAAGAAUGACAGUAACCAGGGGUUCGUCGUGCAAAGGGGGAGAAGAAACAUACCUUGACACUGGCCGUGAUCAAACUGGGCAAAAUGAGCACAUCAGGCUUGACCUGCAUCCACUCCCCCAGCUUGUGAUAACCCAUAUCCAGACACGCCCCGGUCGCUCCGUUGUUCCUCUUGAUCGGCGGGAAGAGUGGGAAGAAAUGCCUCUGGUCUAUCAGGCAACCAGGGAGUCGACUGAGCAAAUCGCUCCCCACGCCGCCCAAGCCGUGCGAAAUCUGCUCACGGCUCAACUCAAAGAGAACAUCCUGGGAACUGAUCGCAAAAACCGUCUCGUUCAAGCUUAUAAAGCACGGGUUGGGUAGCAUCGUGACCUGCUUCGGCAGGUGUAGUUCCUUCU